AUGGGAUCAACGUGCUCAACGCCAGAAUACAAAGAACAGAUUCGAAUCAAUUCGAUAAUUGAUAAACAACUACGAAAAGACGAGGAUAGCGAGAUUGGAAAUCAGAAAUUGUUGCUUCUCGGAACGGGAGAGUGUGGGAAAUCCACGAUUUUGAAGCAGAUAAACAUUCUUCACAGCAGCGGGUACACAAAAACUGAUCUGAAAAACGUGGCAGGUUCUGUAUAUAGUAAUAUUAUUCAAGGAAUGGCAACUCUUCUGAAAGCGAAAGACGCGUUUUUAUACGAUCUGAGUAGUGCAGAGCUGGAUGCCGACGCCCAGCACAUCCUAGCUCUGGCUGAAAGUAGUAAAGAUGCGAUGCCAUUUAUUCCACUCACAUUCAAUGCAAUCAAACGAUUAUGGCAUGAUCCGAUGGUACAAAAAACUUUCGAUCGGAGGGCGGAGUUUCAAAUGAUGGACACCUUGGUUUAUUUCAUGAAUGAAUUGGACCGAAUAAAUGACCCGGAUUAUAUUCCAACUGUAGAUGAUAUGUUGAGAAUUCGGAUACCAACGAUGGGUGUUGUUCAGCAAGUUAUUGAAAUAAAGGGAACAAAAUUCAGGAUAUACGACGUGGGCGGUCAGCGUUCGGAGCGUCGGAAGUGGAUACACCUAUUCGACAAUGUGAAUGCCACGAUUUUUAUUUCAGCAAUAAAUGAGUUCAAUCAGAAAUUAAAUGAAGACGGGACUUCGAACCGAAUGAAAGAAUCGAUCAAACUCUUCGAAACUAUUUGUAAUUCACGGUGGUUCGUCAACGCUGCGAUGAUUUUAUUUUUGAAUAAACGGGAUUUAUUUGAGCAAAAACUGAAAACGACUAAUAUUAAUGUUCUUUUUUCUACCUAUGCAGGCACAAACGACUAUGCGGAAUGCGUCGCCUAUAUCACAAUGAGAUUCGAGCGACUGAAUAAAUACGCGGAGCAGAAAAAGAUCUACACUCAUGUCACUUGUGCAACUGAUACUAAUCAAAUCCAAUUAGUCAUCGAUAGUGUGGUGGAUAUGGUGAUUGGAAGGAAUUUAAGAGGAACUGGCAUGGAAUAA